CCGUGCACCGGACAGUUACCGCCGCUGCACCGCCCCCUCCAUUUAUAACCUCUCCUCCUCUCCUCUCCUCCCCUCUCCUCUCUCCAGCCUUCUUCCCCUUCCCACCACCUCCACCGCCACUUCACUCUACAACCAGGUCAACCCGGGCGCAAGGAGCGCGAACCACCCAGCGUCGCGGGCGCAGGCGCAGGCGCCAUGGACGACGACAUCGACAGCACCUGCUCCACCCCGUUCGCCAGCGCGCCGUCCAGCCCGGGCCGUUCCCCCGCCAUCGGAGGCUUCGGCGGCGGCGGCGGCGGGUACUUCUUCAGCGCGCCGGCCAGCCCCAUCCACCACCUCCUCUUCUCCACGUCAUCCUCGGCCUCCGCGGCCUCCGGUCCCGGCGGGCGCGGGUGCGCGGGCGACGCGGAGUUCGAGUUCGGCGGGCCCGGAGGGCCCAUGAUCUCCGCCGACGAGCUCUUCCACAACGGCCAGAUCCGGCCGCUCACCCUGCCCCCGCUCCCGGAUCUCGACCCCGGCAGCGACGACGACGAGGACAGCGGCCGCGCCCCGGCGCGGGGCCGCGACCUCACGCCCCGCAGCGCGUCCGUGCACCGCCGCGCGCGGUCCAUGUCCCCGCUCCGCAGCGCGUCCCCGCGGCUCAAGCUGAUCAAUGCGCUCGUCCCCGCCCCCGACGCGUCCGGCGGAGCGCGGGACGAGGCCGCGCCGCCGGUCACCGCCUCGUCGCGCUCCUCCUCGUCCUCCUCCACGUCCUCGUCCUCGUCGGCCGCGUCAUCGGCCCGCGGGUCCCGGCGGUGGGUCUUCAUCAAGGACAUGCUCCUCCACCGCAGCAGGAGCGAGCCCGGCAACAGCGCCCACGCGCACGACGGCCCCACGACCGCAUCCGCCGGUGCCACCAAACCCGAGCGAGCGUGGCCGUUCUCGCCCUCCUGGGCGGCCAGGGACAGGCUCGCCGCCAGGCUCCGCCCCUCUCGCGCACCACCAGCAACGGAGGCCGCUGGCGGUCACGGCGGCGAGGACGCCCGUCCGCGGGGUCAGGGCAGGGGGCGCAGGCGGCGCUCAACGACGGUGGCGGCGGCGCACGAGAGGCUCUACGCGGCGCCGAACCGUGCGCAGGCGGAGGAGAUGCGGCGGCGCACGUUCCUCCCCUACCGGCAGGGCCUCCUGGGCUGCCUGGGCUUCAGCUCCCGCGGCUACGGCGCCCUCCACGGGCUCACCAAAACCCUGAACCCCGUCUUCUCCCGGUGAAGAAAAGUUCGCCGUCAAAAAGCCUCCCCGGAAAAGGCGAAAUGGAACGAAAUCAAGAGCUGGAGAGAAGUUAUUUGAUUAGUUCCUGUUCGUCAUGUAUGCGAGCAAUUUUUUCUUUUCAGCUUUUUUGCGUGCGUUUUGUAUAGGCCUAUAGGUGGCGUGGUCUAGCAAUGUAGUGAGUUCUCCUCCCUCGUUUCGUUCGGAGAGGAUGGUAGUUUGCCGAUGGUCACAUCAAACGGAGCCCGAGAGAUAUAAGGGGAGCGAGGGAGGGAGAGUGAUGAGACUUUAGGGGUUCUUGAGCUAAAAUUUAGUCCAUAUCACAUCGAAUAUAUUCAGAAGCUAAUUA